UGUUUAAAAAAAAAACUUUUCUUUCAUAAUUCAUUCCACGACACUUCUGCCAAGUGCUGAACAACAAACUAAAACAUUGCAUUAUUAUCAUUUUAGACGGUGACACUCGAUAAAAAAUUCUGAAAAAUAUGAUUAGGCAUACAGUAUGCAGCAACGCAGUGCCGAGGAAGGUUGGUCGUGGUUAAAAAUCUGUCUUCGAAUUUCGUGCACUGUAGCCUCAAGUAACGUGUCGUAUAAUAGUAAUGAUGAUGUGGCUAAUCGGUGUUUGUAUAGCAAGUUCUUUAUUUCUGAUUCAACUGUGGCUGUCGAAUAGAAACUUGCCACCGGGUCCUUGGGGCAUCCCAAUUUUUGGCUAUAUACUUUGGCUGAAUCCUUCGAAACCUUAUGAAACGUUUACGGAACUAUCCCGCAAGUAUGGAUCAGUGUAUAGCAUACAGUUAGGAAAACAUUUCGCAGUAGUGUUAUCUGAUCCAUCAAUACUGCGGGCGGCGUUAGCGCAUAAUGAUCUAAAAGAUAGGACUAAUUUUGAAGUUAUCAACAAAGUCAUGGAAAAGCACGGCAUCAUAUUUGCACAAGGAGAAUUAUGGAAAGAACAGCGUCAAUUUAUUUGCAAGUGGUUGAAGACAAUAGGAAUGAGUAAAUUUGGAGACAAAAAAAAUGAUUUACAAAUGUUGAUUGUUGAAUCGGUCACAUUACUGAUUUCGGAACUACGAGAAUCCAAUGGCGAACCAAUAAACACUGCGAGCCUCAUGCUAAUUUAUACCGGACAUGUUUUCAACCGAAUCGUGCUGGGGCAAAAUUGGCCGGUAGAUCACCCUUCAUGGACUUAUUUGCGUUUUUUAGCUGCAGACGGUACUAAGAAAUUUGCUAUAGCUACUCCAAUGAGUGUAUUGCCUUUUCUAAAGAUUGUGCCUAAAUAUAGGAAAAUUAUGGCAGAUGUAGUGCAGGGUGCUAAAAACACGCAUUUAAUUUACCAACGGUUGAUGGACAAGAGAAUUAACGAUUUAGACGGAAGUGAAGAUUUAAUGGCGGCUUUUAUGAAAGAGAUGAAGAAAAAAGAAAACGACGAUAAGUUAAACUUUUUUUCAAAAAAACAAUGUCAUCAUCUUUUAUCCGACCUCCUCGGGGCUGGAGUCGAUACAACGGCCAAUUCAUUACGAUGGUUCCUACUUUACAUGGCUCUAAACAAACCAAUUCAAAACGAAUUAUACAACGUGCUAGACAGAGUAUGUACUAAUAAUGAAAUAUUAGAUCUAGAAAAAGUAGAAAACGUUGUUUUAUUAAAAUCAUGCGUGUACGAAUCAAUGCGAAUGCGUCCAGUGGCUCCUUCGGGUAUACCUCGUGCUACGACCCAAGAAACAACAAUUUCGGGAUACCGUAUACCGAAAGGUACAAUGAUCGUACCGUUGCAAUGGGCCAUGCAUUACGAUGAGAAAUAUUGGACGAAUCCACACGUUUAUGACCCGACACGAUUUUUCGAUGCCGACGGAAACAUCGUUACCAAUAAAGCGUACAUGCCAUUUCAAGCCGGAAAAAGGGUUUGUGUCGGAGAAAUGUUGGCGUAUUGGAUGUUGUUUUUAUUUGGCGGUAAUAUAAUACACAAAUUCGACGUAUCCGUUGAUAAUAAGUUAUCUGAAGAACAACUGAACACUAUUAUGGAUGGAGAAUUUCACAUAAUACUAGAACCCGGUGAACACAAUCUCACAUUUAAAUCUCGCCAUAACCCUAAACAUAUCGCUUAAUUCAUAUUUUUCAUAAUUCUAUUU